GAAGGCUGACAACAAUUUUAUUUUUUAAUCAUAAAAGCAAGCAUGCUACACAAAGAUGCCAAGGCAUGCACACAUUUCCCAUUAAUACCCAUCCUCACCUAUGGGUUUUCAGCCCUUCAUGCAGUAAAUAAAAACGGAGGCUCCCUCAAGGCCUGUGUUUGUGAUUCAGUCCUGCAGCUGUCAGAACAUGAAGCUGUCUGGCUUUAUGUCUUGUGUCGAGGCCAAAGCCCAGCACCUCUAGCAUGCCACAGAUCUGCUUACCAAAAACCAGCUGGCUGCAACCAGCCAUCAAAGACCACAAAGAGAGGCCUCUCAGGAGAUGGAGGACCUGACAUUCCUCAGGAUGAGUGCCUGGAGAUAUGAAACACACAAGAGAUCAAAUGACAGACUGUUUAAUAUCUGCCACUGCUUUCAGGUAAAUGACUUGAGUCACACAGUCUGCAUCUGAAAAAAAAAAUGCUGAAUGUGUGUCUGUUUUGUAAUCUGAAGGGAACAUGUUUGCUGUGCCUCUUGAGUGGCUCGAGGUAAGAAGGUAAGUCUGUAGAGUUGUAUACAGCUCCCUCAUGCACUGUUGAUAGUUUGGUCAGUCUUGCAGUAAGGGCCACAUUCUCCCUAAUGAGAAAAGCUUGAUGUAUGCAGACGCAGAUGUUCCUAACAUGUUCCACAGCUGGGAGUGAUCGAGACCAGCCACUCAACUCCGGUGAAAAAUGGACUUGGGAUGGAGAAAGGCAAGUCUUCUGUAAUUGGACAGGGGUUGAGAGGGGGCUUCGGAGGGUGGAGGCAAGAAAGCUUGUAGGGGAGAAGGGGUAUUUGCAGUCUUUGCCAAAGCCACUUCAUUUUGCUACAAGGGCUCACGGUGAGACAAAGAGAAGGUAGAGCCUUUGCUGAUCAGUCUCUUGCCAGUGACAAUGCGGCUAAUCGCUCUUCUGCUGUUGGGACUCCUGAAGUUCUCGCUGGCUCAGGACGGAGAUCCUUUCCAGUGGCUUUCUUCCCUUCACAGCCGUGGAUACGCCUCUCUGCAGGCCGACAACACUGGAGGAGAAUGUCCCGAGGAGUGCGACUGUCCUCCAACAUUCCCAACUGCCAUGUACUGCGACAACCGCAACAUGAAACAAAUGCCUUACAUCCCAUCCCGGAUGAAGUAUGUGUACCUGCAACACAAUCAGAUCACCUCUGUCCCAGAUGAUGCUUUUGGAAAUGCCACCAGACUUGUGUGGGUUUUUUUGCAUGAGAAUCGCAUUAACUCAGUGGGCAAGCAAGCGUUUGCCAAACUGGUGAACUUGGAUCGCCUGUACCUGAACAACAACAACCUAACCGAGGUGCCGUCCAACCUGCCUCGCUCACUACAUGACCUUCGUCUCAAUCACAAUAAAAUCACCAAGUUGCCCCCCAACGCUUUUGAGGGCAUGGAGAAUUUGACCAUACUUUUGCUCCAGAACAACGGUCUGCAGGAUAUCAGUGGCCUGAAAGGUCUGAAAUCGUUAAUUCUGCUGGAUGUGAGCGGUAACCAGCUCAAGAAGGUUCCUAAUGGUCUCCCUGAGAUGCUCCACCAGCUCUACCUAGAGUCCAACUCCAUCGAAGCACUUCCAGAGAACUUCCUCAGCCAGUUCACCAACCUGCAGUAUGUCCGUAUUUCUCACAAUGAGCUCACAAACAAAGGCAUCCCUCAAAACACCUUUAACAACAGCGGUCUGGUGGAGCUGGAUUUGUCCUUCAACAAGUUGGAGAGCAUUCCUGUUGUUAGUACUAAUCUGCAACAUCUUUAUCUGCAGGCCAAUCAGAUUAAAGAGUUUACACUGGGCAGUUUCUGCAGUGUGCUUGAUGCUAUGAACUUCUCCAAGCUGCGAGUCUUGAGGCUGGAAGGAAAUGAGAUCAGUAUUGGAGACAUGCCCUCUGAAGCUGCCCUGUGUCUUCCUCUGGCUUCUGAUAUUGCUGUGUAAUGGCAGGGACCAAUCAGCAGGGGGCCUUUUUUGUUUCCCUCCAACAUUAUUAUAUCAGAGUGGCAUGACUUUGCAUUGAUUUUUAUUGUAGGGAAAUUUAUAGUGCCUUGGGGUGUUGUACUAGAGGAAUAUAAUUUCCUGUGGACUUUAGAGAGAAGUACAAAUACAGGAUAUUGAGAGAUUUAGAUAGGAAAUGGAGAUCCUCUGUUAAGGUAUGUGAAGCUAGUUUUUUUUUUUCCUCAAAAGCCACAUAGCAAUUUUAGUAUGCUUUUCUGUGCUCUUAGUCUAUGUUUGUGUGCUUGUCUGUCAGUUGGAUGACACUAUUGGCAGUGCUAAAGUCAACAUUGCAGUUUUGCUAUUUGUUUGAUACACAUUUGAUUUACUUUAGGUUUGUGGAUUCAUGUUUCUUCAGGAAAGAAGUUUGAACAAUGCUGUGAGUAUUUAUGCUUCAUGUGAGAAAGAAGAACUGAAUGGAGAACAGAAAGAGCUUACUUGACUACAUCCAUCUAACUUGUAUAAUGCCCUGUCCGAUAUGAUAUCGUCGCAAGAAAAUGAAAGAAAACCCAUCUUCCAUUCACAUCUGAAAGAGGGGAAGAAAAACUUUGAAUGGUUGUGUUUUAAGAACAAAUGUAUUGCAUGUGUUAUAAAAAUGACUGAGGUUCUGGUGUUUAAACAUGCCUGUGGACCUUUGGUGUAACUCAAUAAAGCUAGUAUUUUGAUGUAUUGAUUAAAACAUCCAGACAAA